GAUUACUCUUUCAUCCCAAUUCGUUGAUUGAAUCGAGGUUGCAGGCAGCCAUUACCAUGAGUCGCCAUGUCUCUAGUGUUACCCACUGCCGGAUGCCCUUCCACUUCCGAAACUUCAAUUUCUUCUGGUCCCAUACUGUCAAGCAGGUGGAUAAGACGUAUGGAACUCUUUGUGCUAACGCUGCAGAAGAGGAUCCGAUAAAAGACAAAGACAAAGACAACGACAAAGGCAGUGCAGUUUCUGAUAUGUUGGUUGAUGGUUUUGGAAGGAUGCACAAUUACUUGAGAAUCUCGUUGACAGAACGAUGCAACCUACGAUGUCACUACUGCAUGCCGGCGGAGGGAGUGGAGCUUACUCCUUCUCCCCAAUUACUCACUCACCAUGAGAUUUUUCGUUUGGCUAAUCUCUUUGUUACUUCUGGAGUCGAUAAGAUUCGUCUAACUGGGGGUGAGCCUACCCUUAGAAAAGAUAUUCUUGACAUUUGCUUGAACUUGUCCAGCUUGAAAGGACUUAAGACUUUGGCAAUCACUACCAAUGGAAUUACUCUUGCCUCAAAACUUCCAAUGCUUAAACAAUGUGGGAUUACUUCUCUCAAUAUCAGCUUGGACACGCUUGUCCCUGCCAAAUUUGAGUUUAUCACUAGGCGUAAAGGCCAUCACAGGGUUAUUGACUCCAUUAAUGCUGCCAUUGACCUUGGCUACAAUCCUGUAAAAGUCAAUUGUGUCGUUAUGCGUGGAUUUAAUGAUGAUGAGAUGUGUGAUUUUGUGAACCUCACACGAGAUAAACCGAUUAACAUUCGCUUCAUUGAGUUCAUGCCUUUCGAUGGAAAUGUUUGGAAUGUCAAGAAACUUGUGCCGUACUCGGAGAUGUUGGAUACAGUGGCAAAACAGUUUCCAGGCCUAAAGAGGUUGCAUGAUCAUCCGACAGAGACAGCGAAGAAUUUCCAGAUUGACGGCCACACUGGAACUGUUUCUUUCAUUACAUCGAUGACUGAGCAUUUCUGUGCUGGUUGUAAUAGAUUGAGACUUUUAGCUGAUGGCAACUUAAAAGUAUGUCUCUUUGGUCCUUCGGAGGUUAGCUUAAGAGAUCCUCUUCGUUGUGGUGUUGGUGAUGAGGAACUUAGAGAAAUAAUUGGAGCAGCGGUUAAAAGGAAGAAAGCUUCACAUGCUGGGAUGUUUGACAUUGCAAAGACAACAAAUAGACCAAUGAUACACAUCGGUGGCUAAGAUAUGAGUCUAACUUCAUAAAAGAGCAGAAAGCAGAGAAGAAGCUGGUAAUUGAUUUUCACAUUCUGUUGGUCUGACACUAUAAAUGUAGGAAACAUGUGUAGUUAAUUGUUAUCUCCACAUAUAUCUGUAACCACUUGCAUAGUACCUUGCCUUAGAAAAAGUCUGCAACAUCAGAAUCCAACAGUCUCUGCAAGAAUACUUGUAUUUUUGUAUCCAAGCUGGGGAUGAAUAGAAUUGUUUUUGGUGAUAAAGAAGAUACAAUGGCAAGACCUGAGUAGUUGCAUUUCCCAUGAAAAUUGUUGUAUGUAUGUUCUUUUGUCUGAUUUUAAUAAUCCUGGUUUUACAGCAAAAGCUGUAUGUUCAUUGAUGAUUUUAAUUAAUAUACUACAUUUUCAGCAAGAUGGGUGUGUUUUCUUUUUAUUUUUUCUUUUGAUUUUUAUCUUUCUUUUCUUUUUUUUUUUUUGCUGAAAUUGGACUUUGGCCAUUUCUAAUGCUCA